AUGGCUGGUUCUCUCGCUACAAUUGCCAAAUUCUAUAACAAACAAACAUUUGCUAAACCCCAACCUCACAGUGAAUUAAUCGAUUGCACUGAUUACGUUUUGAAUUUCAAUCCUCGUAAAUUCGUUCAGAUAGGAUUGGAUCCAAAAGAUCGAUUUAACGUAACUAUUCGUUUACUAUCGUCAACCCGUUACAUACUUAUAACGAUAGAUUUCCUACAACGGAUUUAUACGUUGAUGAGUAAUAUUCUGUCCCUAAUUCUCGACCCGGUAUCAAGACAAAGGAUUAUUUUACUCAGUGAUGAAUACCUUACACUCUCAAAGACUACAUUUCAAGGAGAGUCUUCACUAGUCUUUGGAUCAUANACGUUUCAAGGAGAGUCUUCGCUAGUCUUUGAAUCACAAGCACAAGAUGAAUGCCGAGUGUUACUCACCCAAUCAGACAUUUUAAAACUCAGCGCUUUGGAAUGUUGUAUCUUUGAGACUAUCAAUCAAAAGAUGACUGUAAUUCAACCAUUGGUUCUACAACAGUUGGAACAGAUGGCUCAAUAUAUGAAAUCUCAGUAUGAAGUAAAUGUGGAAAACAAAUGUAUGUUGAUCAAUGCGGUUUCGGAUUAUACGAUUAGAAAUAGUUUACCCAAUAGCGAUCUGAGCUACAUAAGCCAAAUAAAACAAUUUGCAAGCCAGCAGUUGGAACAACGGUGGACGAUGCUGGAAGAAUAUACUAAAGAAAUGUCUUCUAAUGGAGAAAACGUAUGCUCGACAUUUUUUGGGUCGUUGGCCGAUGAUACAACAGAUGCAAAUAUACAGUCGGAAACAAUCAUACCAUCAAGUACAAACAACCAAGAAAUACCAACAGUAGUUGUUAGUAAUAGCUAUCCAUUAGCAAGAUUAAUUAAAUUUUUAGAAAAAGAUCCAUACACUGAUUUAUGA